UUCACGCUUCGACAAACACCGCAACAUGUCAAGGAGGGCACGCAUCGACAUUAAUCGUUUCUUUGAUGAGUUCUUCGCAGGAAUCUUGGAUGGUCGUAUCGAGAGCAAGAUCACCAGAAAGGACAUCCGCGAGCUGUUGACUUCCGUUCGUCGAGUUUUUUUGACACAGCCUAUGUUCCUUCGUCUUGACACGCCAGUUGUUGUAUGCGGUGAUCUUCACGGACAAUUCAACGAUGUUGUGCGGAUAUUCGAUGCGGAAGGUUUCCCGCAUAUGCGGAACUACCUUUUUCUCGGUGACUACAUUGAUCGUGGCCAGCAGUCUGUCCGGUAUCCAAAGAACUUCUUCAUGCUUCGCGGUAAUCAUGAGACAUCGUCCAUCAACAAAGCCUACGGCUUCCAUCAUAGUGUGAUGACGAAAUAUAAGAGCGAAGCACUCUACGAGAACUUCCAACGAGUCUUUGACUGUAUGCCGUUAAGUGCCUUAAUCUCCGAUCGAAUCUUAUGCAUGCAUGGGGGUUUGAGUCCUGGAUUGUUGGAGGCAAAAUCAUUGGACAUUCUUGAUAAAAUCAGUCGUCCACUACCUGACAAUAGGAUUUCAGCAGAUGGCAAUCAGUUGGCGACCGACUUGCUCUGGGCUGACCCUGACAUCAAUGUUCGACUUUUCAGUUCUUCCAACCGUCGUGGUAUUGGACGCAUGUUUGGCCAGGAAGUGAUCGACCGUGUUCGGCAGCGAUUUGGCAUCGAUCUCAUAGUUCGCGCUCAUCAGGUGGUUCUGGAUGGACAUGAGUUUUUCAACGACGAUGCAAGUUCGGGACUGAUCACGCUAUUUACAGCGCCUCAUUAUUGUGGCCAGUAUGACAAUUCGGGAGCGAUUAUGCGAGUGGCUAAGGAUAUGGGUGUCUCAUUCAAGGUGUUCAAGCCUCAGCUUCCAAACAACAACUCGUCUCGACGAUCAAAAAGAAAUGAAUGAUGUGCAAGGAUGUGUGUGAAAUAUAAAGAUAAUAAAUUGUAUAAAGAUUAACCAGUUGUUGUGCACUUUGUAUAUUUCUUGGUAUAUUUAGAAAGUAUUGUGCCGUUUUUCUUGU